UGAGUGCCCAGAGGCGGCGGGCGCGGGAUCCCGGCAGGGGCGCGAGCCAAGCGCAGCCUCCCUGUGGAUCCCAGCUGAGCGGAUCGAGCGGCCCGAGAGGGGCCCAGCGCGCGGGUGGGAGGAACAGGACACCGCGCGCCAGGGCCGCCAGGGUGGGGGGAUGCAGCUGCCUCCCCGGGCCAGCGUGUAGAGAGGGCGGGUCCCCGGCCUCGGGAGCUCGCUGGUGGAGGGGACUGAGGCGGCGGCCAUGGCGACCCCCGGCAACCUGGGGUCCUCCGUCCUGGCGAGCAAGACCAAGACCAAGAAGAAGCACUUCGUAGCGCAGAAAGUGAAGCUCUUUCGGGCCAGCGAUCCGCUGCUCAGCGUCCUGAUGUGGGGGGUAAACCACUCGAUCAAUGAACUGAGCCAUGUUCAAAUCCCUGUUAUGUUGAUGCCAGAUGACUUCAAAGCCUAUUCAAAGAUAAAGGUGGACAACCACCUUUUUAACAAAGAAAACAUGCCGAGCCAUUUCAAGUUUAAGGAAUACUGCCCAAUGGUUUUUCGUAACCUGCGGGAGAGGUUUGGAAUCGAUGAUCAAGAUUUCCAGAACUCCUUGACCAGGAGCGCCCCCCUCCCCAAUGACUCCCAGGCACGCAGCGGAGCUCGAUUCCACACUUCGUACGACAAAAGAUACGUUAUCAAGACCAUCACGAGUGAAGAUGUGGCUGAAAUGCACAACAUCCUAAAGAAAUACCACCAGUAUAUAGUGGAGUGUCAUGGGGUCACCCUUCUCCCCCAGUUCUUGGGCAUGUACCGGCUUAAUGUUGAUGGAGUCGAAAUAUAUGUGAUUGUUACAAGGAACGUCUUCAGUCACCGGUUAUCUGUAUAUAGGAAAUAUGACCUAAAGGGCUCUACUGUAGCUAGAGAAGCCAGUGACAAAGAAAAGGCCAAAGAACUGCCAACUUUAAAAGAUAAUGAUUUCAUCAAUGAGGGCCAAAAGAUUUAUAUUGAUGACAACAACAAGAAGGUGUUCCUGGAAAAACUAAAGAAGGAUGUGGAGUUUCUUACCCAGCUGAAGCUCAUGGACUACAGCCUGCUGGUAGGAAUCCACGAUGUGGAGAGGGCGGAGCAAGAGGAGGUGGAGUGUGACGAGGACGGGGAAGACGAAGGGGAGAGUGACGGCGCCCACCCAGUGGGGACCCCUCCGGACAGCCCUGGAAAUACACUGAACAGCUCCCCGCCUUUGGCUCCAGGGGAAUUCGACCCCAGCAUUGAUGUUUAUGGAAUUAAAUGCCAUGAAAACUCGCCGAGGAAAGAGGUGUACUUUAUGGCAAUUAUUGACAUUCUGACUCAUUAUGAUGCAAAAAAGAAAGCUGCCCACGCUGCAAAAACUGUUAAACAUGGCGCUGGUGCGGAGAUCUCAACCGUGAACCCAGAACAGUAUUCAAAGCGCUUUUUGGACUUUAUUGGCCACAUCUUGACGUAACCUCUCACACAACCUUGGACAGACACAGGCGUGGGAAGGACAGAGGUGGCUUCGGUGUAAGAAAAAUGAAAACCAAACUCAGUGGAGCACACCUCCUCGUUUACAUCUUCAGGCCAAGAUGACUGAUUUGGGGGCUACUUGCUUUAACAGCUACCUGAUAUUUCCCAGCAUCGUUCUAGCUAUUUCUGACUUUGUGUGUGUGUGCACGCGUGUGUGUGAAUCUUAAAAAUUAAUUAAUUAAUGAAAACUGAUCAGCUCCAAUCAGGGUCUUUGGGCAACAGCCCGCUGAUUCCAGCUGUGAAUGAAUGAAUGAAUGAAUGAAUGAAUGAAUGAAUGAAUGAAUGAAUGAAUGAAUGAAUGAAUGAAUGAAUGAAUGAAUGAAUGAAUGAAUGAAUGUGCACCUGCAGGGGUGGGAGAGGGUAGAAGGAAAUGCAUGCCAGACCAACCAUGUUGGCAUCAUGGGAUAAACUGUGGAUCGGUUUAUCUUUUGGAGUUGAAAGAUGUGAGACAGUAUUCAUAAUAAUAAUGAAGAUAAUAAUAAUGAAGAUAAUAAUAAUGGUGGUGAUUAAAAGAAAAAAAACUCACUGCGAAUGUUACACUUCAGCCACGCACGCUGACACUCCUUGAUAGUUGUUCCUCCAGCUCCUGGCACUAGAGGGAAGCACUCGGGCAUCCCUGUGUGCUCUGGCUCAGGGUCCUGCCUCCAUAGCCUGUCAGGACUCAGUGUCCAGGGACAGAUCUCCUCCAGCAAGAAGCCUAUGCCCUUAGUGACUGUCUCUGUACAUUUUCACCUCAGUAAAUACGUCCAGGAAAGCCGCUUAUUUCUCUUUUCUUGCCUGGAGCUUCUUCACUGUUACACUCUUAUGUUGCAAGGUAGGAAUUAAUGCUACAAAAUAAAAAUAAAGCUUACCUGAAAAGUGCAUAGUUUUGGGCAGUGGUAUCUACAUCUCCCGUGGUGGGAAGGUGAGCAAAGCAUUAGACAUCUUAAUUCUGUUACCGACAGCAAAUCUGAAUUAUAAGAUGUUCAUAUUUGACCAUUGUUUAAGCAGUGGUAUUUUGUUAGGAAUGAUCCCUUUAACUGAAACCCUCAAUUUUACUGUUUACAUUAUUAGGAAAACAGGGAUAUUUUUGAAUCUAAAAAUUUAAUGUACAGCAUGUGAUUUUUGAAGUUUACAUGUAAAGUCAUUUUACAGUGUAGGUGAAAUAAUGUUUGUCAUAUUUUGAAAUGUAUCCUGCAGUUAUGUUUUUGAGUGAAUGUUUUAUUCAAAGUACAUUGCAGGCAGUCUUUGACAGUGAAGGAAAAGGAUUGUUUUGUUUCCUCCAGAUGUUACAGUUAUCAACCUAAUGAUUUUUCUCAAUGUUUAACCCAAAUCUGGUUAUGCAAGUUCAUUGCCCUAAACUGUGCUGAUUGUGUUUAAUCGAGUUAUAAAUUUCCCACAUCAAUCAUGUAUUUACCAACUCUCCAGCAUUUUCUGAAAGGCGUCAGGCUAAGAUAUUAGACUAGCUUAGAGUAGGUUACAACUUAUACACUGUGCUAAAGCUGUGCCUUUAAAAUUCUUAGUUUAAAAUGGGAUGGUUUUUGUAGGCAGUUUCAGAAAAGAAAAAAAAACCCACUCUUUCAUAAUUACUUCCAACUCAAUAAAUAUCCCCUGCUCUCUGCCUCUUCCAGUACCUUUACUUCAGGGCUUCAAGAUUGCAGCUGUGCCCACUACACUAGGUGUAUGUGGGUCUAACUCCAAAAUCUUGAGGCAACGGCCAGUCCGUGCCUCUGGAAGCGAGAAACGGCACCACCCACUUCUGUACCCCCAUCCACCUGGAUUUGUUCUCCCCCACCAGUGCUCCUAUCACAUCGUUGUGAUGUGCUUGUCUGAAUCUGUAUUUUAUGCAUUAAAUGAGUUGAGACUGUGAUUUCCCUGCAUACACACAUGUGGACCGUUCAUUCUGACACGUCACUUUAAGUGUUCUGAAAUUACUCUGUGGUUUCCUUACCCCAAACUACAAAAGUCCUAUAAAAGAUUCUGAAGUAAAGAUAAUGUAUGUACACAUACAUUAUUUGAGUAACCAUUUCCUCUGUGGCCAAUCUAUGUAUGCUUUUAGAAGUUUACAAAAUGCUUUAUUUUUGUCUAUGAGUCUUGCAUUCUUUUCUGUGGAUAAACUGUUGGGACAGAGUGAGGAAGUUUGCCUUGUAUCACCUAGUGCUAACAAGACACUCCAGUCAUGAGCCAGGCUUUACAAAAUAAAGCACUUUGAUGACUCACUAGUGGAGCCUUUGUUGUUCUCUCUGCUGUGUUUCUCUCUGUUGGGAACAAAUUUUAAACAUUUAGUAGGAAAAGUACCUGUAGCGGAUCUCUUUUACUCAACAAUACGGACUUCAAGUCAAAACCUACUAUCUAUUUUAUCAGUUUUGAAUAGCCAGUGGCUUGGCCUUCAUCAAAACAGACUUGGGGUGGCCUGUGUAAGACUGACAGUGGUUUGGAAAACAGACACCAUCAUGUCUCCACCCCACUCCACCAACUGGCCAACACAAUGCAGACAAAAACCACAGCUGCCUGCUUCUCCCCGAGAAAGGAAGGAGUUGGGAGAGGCCCGCAGAGUCUCUGCCAGGGCUGAGUGAUGUGGACAUUUAUAUAAGGCCAGCCCAUGAAGAUUGGGAGAAGUUCCUGUUUUAUCUAAUACACAGAGUUGAGGAAAAGAAAGAUGUUCCAAAGGAAGAACAAGCCUUGUAUCUAGAAUUCAUAAAGAACUUUUGUCAACAAGGGACAAGUUUUAAAAUGAGGAAAGAAUUUCUGUUUCUGCAAAAAAUAUAAUACAAAGUCAACAAUUGCUUGGGAAGAUGCUUAACAGUAUUAGUUAUUAGUGAAACACAAGUCAAAACCACAAAUCACACCCACUGGGGUCAAUGUAAUCAAAAACAGACAAUACUAAGUGCUGAAUAAUCAAAAACAGACAAUACUAAGUGCUGACAAAGAUAGAGGAAAAUUGUAACCCUGGUGGAAAAGUCAGUACAACUACUUGGGAAAACAAUCUGGCAGUUCCUCAAAUCAUUAAAAGUAAGUUACCAUCUGACUCAAGAAUUCCAAUCCCAGGUAUAUGCCCAAGAGAAGGGCUGUGUUCCUUUUGGAAACCUCAGGAAAAAUCAUCCUCAGGCCUUUUUCAGCAUCUAGAAUCUGCAUGCAGUUGGGCCUGUGGCCCCUCCUACUACCGUCCAACCAGCAGAGAAGCAUUACAAGUCUCCCUCCUGCUCCUGUUCCCACAUCUUCCUUGAUUGCAUUGGCUAGUGGUCUGUAUUAUACAUUUUUCUCCCUCAAAGAAGCAGAAUU